GAGAAACAAGCAUAAGCAUAAGCAUAAGCAUAAGCAUAAGCAUAAGUAGUAGGUGGUGGCGGAAGAGGGCGGAGACAAUGGCCCUGUUGGACUUCUCCGGCGAGAUCGCCGCCGAUAUAUGGAAGACUCUGGUAACCAUUUGCCGUAAGACUAUUCAGUGCAGAGCAAGCGCAGAGCAACUCAUAACCUAUGUCCGCGAACUCCUCCCCACCAUAGAAGAAAUCAAAUACUCCGGCGUUGAACUUCCGGCGCCGCGGCAGUCGCAGCUUGAUCGCAUCUCGGAGGUCCUUCGCUCCGGCGUGGAGCUUUCCCACAAGGCACUCUCCUCAAGCCGGUGGAACGUGUACAGGAACUUCCAGCUUGCGAAGAAGAUGGAGAAACUUGAGAAAACGGUUUCAAAGUUCUUGCAGGUUCCCAUGCAGGCUCAUAUAUUGGCUGACGUGCACCACACCCGGUUCGAGAUGGCCGAGCGGUUCGACCGGGUUGAUGCCUCGAACCGGAGGAUGGAGCAGUACUUAGGUGCCAUGAAGAUUGGGGUUGGUGGUGGAGGGUGGGUUGAGGAGGCUGUGAGGAGUAUGGAGGAUGAUGAGACUUGGGUUGAGGGUAGUUCUGGUAAUUUCAGUGUAGGUUUGGAUUUUGGGAAGAAUAAGGUUUUGGAUAUGAUUGUUGCAAGAGAUGAUGUUUGGAUUGUUGGGAUUUGUGGGAUUGGUGGAUCUGGUAAGACUACUCUUGCAAGAGAGGUUUGCAGAGAUGAUCAAGUCCGAAGUUAUUUCAAGGAGAGAAUCUUGUUCUUGACUGUCUCACAAUCCCCAAAUGUGGAGCAUCUCAGGACAAAGAUUUGGGGUUAUAUUAUGGGCAACGGAAGCUUGAAUGCAAAUUGUGCGGUUCCGCAAUGGAUGCCACAAUUUGAUUGCAGAAGCCAAAGUCAAAUCCUGAUUGUUCUUGAUGAUGUAUGGUCACUCUCUGUGCUUGAGCAGCUUGUCUUUAGAAUACCUGGUUGCAAAUUCGUUGUGGUAUCCAGAUUUAAAUUCCCAACAAUUUUUAAUGCCACUUAUGAAGUGGAAUUGCUGAGUGAAGAGGAUGCCUUGUCCUUGUUCUGUCACCAUGCUUUUGGACAGAAAUCAAUCCCUUUAGCUGCUAAUCAGAAUUUGGUCAAUCAGGUUGUGGCUGAGUGUGGAAGGCUUCCACUGGCUCUAAAAGUUAUUGGAGCUUCUUUGCGAGACCAGACUGAAAUGUUUUGGUUAAGUGUUAAAAACAGGCUAUCUCAAGGCCAAAGUAUUGGGGAAUCCUAUGAAAUCAAUCUGAUUGAUAGAAUGGCAAUCAGUACUAAUUACCUUCCAGAAAAGAUCAAGGAGUGCUUCUUGGACCUGUGUUCGUUUCCUGAGGAUAAAAAGAUUCCUCUAGAAGUUCUAAUCAAUAUGUGGGUUGAAAUCCAUGAUAUUCAUGAAACAGAAGCAUUUGCUAUUGUGGUUGAGCUUUCCAACAAGAACCUUCUCACCUUAGUGAAAGAGGCACGUGCUGGGGGUAUGUAUAGCAGUUGCUUUGAGAUUUGUGUUACUCAACAUGACAUACUAAGAGAUCUUGCUCUUAAUUUGAGCAAUCGUGGGAGCAUUAAUGAACGCCGAAGGUUAGUUAUGCCAAAAAGAGAAGAAAAUGGACAACUCCCUAAAGAGUGGUUGAGAUACAUGGACAAACCGUUUGAAGCUCAGAUUGUUUCAAUUCACACAGGUGAAAUGACAGAAAUGGACUGGUGUAAACUGGAUUUUCCUAAGGCUGAAGUGCUGAUCAUUAAUUUCACAUCCAGUGAAUACUUCUUGCCACCCUUCAUUGAUAGAAUGCCAAAUUUGAGGGCAUUAAUAGUUAUAAACCACAGUGCUUCAUACGCUUGCCUUCACAAUGUUUCAGUUUUUAAGAAUUUGUCCAACUUGAGAAGCCUCUGGCUUGAAAAAGUUUCCACCCCACACUUAUCAGGCAUUGUCUUGAAAAACUUGAGCAAAUUAUUUAUAGUCCUCUGCAAGGUUAAUAACAGUCUGGUGGGAAAAGAGGCAGACCUAGCCCAAAAUUUCCCUAACCUCUCUGAGCUCACUCUUGAUCACUGUGAUGAUGUAACUGAGUUGCCUUCAAGCAUUUGUGGAAUUCAGUCACUCAAGAACUUGAGUCUCACCAACUGCCACAAUUUGACCCAACUACCUAUUGAAUUUGGAAAACUAAGAUCUCUAGUGAUCCUCCGUUUAUAUGCUUGUCCAGAUUUGGAAACACUUCCUCCUAGUAUCUGUGACAUGAUUAGAUUGGAGUAUAUUGACAUUUCUCAAUGUGUUAGCCUUGCAUGCUUCCCUGAAGAGUUUGGUAAUUUAGUAAGCUUGGCAAAGAUAGACAUGAGGGAAUGCCCCGUGAUUAGGAAUUUACCAAAGUCUGCAGUGUCAUUGCAGUCUCUGCAGCUUGUAAUUUGUGAUGAGGAGGUGUCUGGGAUGUGGAAACAUGUUGAGAAGGCCAAGCCAAAUGUUCAUAUUCAAGUACCUGAACAGUACUUUGAUCUGGACUGGCUUAAAGAUUGACUGUUAUCUAUGUUCUUGUGAUGUUUACAUUCCAAUUCUUUGUAAAUACUUGCUCCUAACCUCUACUUGAAAUGGAAAUUAUCUUUCUCCAAAAAUUAAA